AGGUAUCACAUAACUACUUUAGUUGCUCCCAUCUAAUAAGCAAAUUUAAGGUUACUAUAAUUUUUUUUAAAAUGAAAACUAUUAUUAUACAUUUAAAUAUUAUAUUAUUUAUUUUAUGCUUCUUCAAAGAGUCGUCAGAAAAAUCAGUUACACUUGAUUUAAAUGAAGGCGAUAUAUGCAAAAAAGGCGAUGGAUUGAAUUCAAAUAACUUGUGUAAAAGUUCUGAAAACUGCGAAUCCUUGAAAAUGAUGAUUGCAGAAGGAAUAUAUCCUGAUUUGUGUUCGUUGAAUGGACAAAAUCCAAUAUUUUGUUGUCCACCGACUAUUCAAAAAAUAAAAAUUUUAAAUAAUUCGAUUAAUGAAAUACCGAGUAUUGUUAACGAAAAGUGUCAGGAGUAUUCUAAGUUAAUGAAAAAGUUUAAAAUAGAAGAUACUAAUUUGACUGCAAAGUUAACAGAGUUUACAACAGAGUCCGGAUUUACAAAGAAAUACACUUACCCGUUUUCAAUGGAAUGUGAAGCAGAUUUAAAAUCAUCAGUAACGAAUAUUGUCACAGAAAAAUACCAAAAAGUUACUAAAAAAUCAUGUUACACGAAAGUUAUUUCAAAAAAUAUUCCUUUAGCUAAACCAAAAGAAUAUCCACACAUGGCGAUAAUUGGUUUUGGGGAGAAGCCGGAAGAUAGCUUGUGGGGUUGCGGAGGUUCACUGAUUAGUGAAAGAUGGAUAUUAUCAGCUGCGCAUUGUGAAAAAUUGAAAGAGCAUAGUGCUAUAAAUAUGGCACGUUGGGCACGAUUAGGAGAUUUAAACAUAAUCUUAACUACAGACGACGCUCGACCGAAAGAUUAUCGAAUUGUGCGACAAGUCAUACAUCCAUGUUUUAAACCACCUUCAAAUUACAAUGAUAUAGCUCUGUUCCAGUUGGAAAAAAACGUCGAGUUCUCCGAGUACGUAAUGCCGAUUUGUCUUAAUUCAGAUCCGUCUUUAGAACCUCAAAUGCAAGUAGCUACUAGUUGGGGUAAACCUUCUUACGAAUCUGUUUCAAUGAGCCAUGAUUUAUUAAAAGUAGAACUGAAUAUCGUCUCCGGGAGUGUUUGCAAUGAUAGUUAUGGCAUUUCAAAUUCAAUUUUAAAAUACGGCAUAUUAAACGACAGAAUGAUUUGUGCGACUCCACUAGAAGGCACUAUCGACGUUUCUGCGGGAGAUUCUGGCGGUCCGCUUCAAUAUAAACACAACGGAUCAAGCAUACAUACCCAAUACGGAAUAAUAUCAUUUGGAACAAAUUUUGGAGAUGAUCCCGUAGUGUAUACUAGAGUAUCAAAAUAUAUUUCAUGGAUUGAAAGUAUUGUCUGGUCUUAAAUCAAACUUGAACAAAAUUAUAAAUAUAUUAUAAUGACUCGUGUUAUUAAAAUAUCAACAAUUAUUAUGUUUAAAAUAAAUGUUAGUGUGUUUUUUUUAUAUUGGUUUAUUUGACUGUUAAAGGGCUGCUGUACCAACAUUUGUUUUCUCUGCAGUCAAAGAUAUUCGAAAAACGGAAGGAUACUGAAUACCAUUGUAGUCAAUGUUGAAUACUAAUUACUGGAUUUUAAAAUGUGUGUUUAUUUUAUACAGAUUUUAAGUGUAAAACUGAGUUACGUGUAUUCGUUGAAUAAGUAAUAUUAUUAAAACACAUAACCUAUAUGUAACAAAUCGUGUAAUUAUCCAUCACAUAAGUUAUAAGUAGAUUUACACUAAAAUACUGAUAGCGGAGCGAAGAUUAUCCACAAAACGAAAUUAUUGAAAAAAAAUUGUACCUACUUUUAUUUUAUAUUUUUAAAUUAAAAUUAUAAUUAAUAUAUUACAUAAUUUUAAGAAUAUAUAAAUAUUAAUAUUAUAUUAUCAUACUCUAAUUAUACGUUAUACAACCACUAUACAGUAGUUUAAUUUUUAAUCAUAUAAAACAUUUAAAGUUUUACACUCCCUCGGUCAAAAAUUAGAAACCCAACGAUAAUCGACGCUCUACUUUAUAACUUGUGAUUGUGAUUUUCAUGCCGCAUAUAUAAAUAUGUAUUAUGCACUACGCAGUUCUACUAUAAUAUUGACCAAUUACCCAAUAGGUACUACCUAUUUAAUAUAUUAUAACAGUGAUGGUUAAACGAUGGUGAUAGA